GCUCGAUAUUUUCCUUCCAUCCUCUCUCUCAAACUGGUUUGGUCUUCCCCAAUCGAUCUCUUUCUUUUCAAUUAAGUAUAUAUCUGUAUAUGUAAUCCACGUUUAAGACUGUUUCUUGCCCUAAUUCGAUCUUCUCCUUCCAUCCUCUCUCUCAAGGUUUGGUCUUCCCCAAUCAAUCUACUCCCUCCGUCCCAUAAAAAGUGUCACAUUUAGAGAACUGUGACUCUCACAAAUUGAACUGACACAGUUCUCCAUUAACGACACUUUUUUUGGGACGGAGGUAGUUUUUCUUUUCAAUUGAAGUCGUAGCCCUAGAUUUUCUCUUUCUCAAGGUGGGUAUCAACAUGGAGAUCUUGAAGAGCCCCCCAACAGCAGUAGCCGGAAACGAUCUUUCCUGACAUCCUUUGCUCUCCUAUUGACGAGUCCUCUUAACACUCUCAGCCGUCUUCAACAUCAAUCCCACCGCCGGCUUUAGCAAAUAUUUGAGAGAGCAGAGCUUAGUACUGGGACAGCUAAUGAGUUUCAAAUUAAUGAGGACUUUUGGGUUGUCGAGAAUGAUGAUGGAACUGACAUUGACUAUAGUUCAGAUGAGGAACUAGAAUUACUGUCUCGAGAUGAUACUGAUUUGGAUGACAUGUGAAACUUUCGUAAUAUUGAGCAUGGACCUUAUUUUUUGGUUUUAUGAUUAAUACAUUAUGUCAUCUAUUAAGUUACAUUACUGAUGUUUAUUUACUGAGUUCCUUUUAUUUUAAAUUUCUCUUUUAGUAUCUGUUGAGUGCUGGAAAUUAUCAGUCUUGUUUGGUUGUGCGCUUCAUAAAUUUGCAGCUUUGGUUUGGCAUUAAAUCUCUUAUUGGCAGCAUGCAUUUUUCUUUGUAUAUAAAAGCACAUAUGAAGAAGAUACGACACUUAGAAUUUCAGCAAGUAACAUUUGUUGAUGGUGUUUUAUUUUCAUCAGUUUUAUUUUAGCAUAUUAUAUAUUGCCAUGAAAGGAAUACUUCUCCCUUUGAGAAUGCCAUUUGAUUUCUAUUACACUAAUAAAUGAUGUCACUAAAUUUACAUUUUUUGUUUAUAUUCCGGAGCAUGGUAGUUUAAUUAUGGACACCUCUGAGGCUCCAAUGCGUAUAGUAUUAAGGUCCCGCGUUCCUCAAACUGAGCCACCACUAUAAGUUUACCUGCUGCACAACAGAAUGGAGAAUGUGGUGGUAGUAAUUCAACAAAUCAACAGCCUAGUAUGGAAGGUGACGGUAGUAAUUCAGAAACGAGGCCACAACCAAGUGGAGGCCCAAGGCGAAAAGGGCGUGGAAAAGCAAAGAAUGUCGCCCAACAAAAAGCUAAGGGACUCUAUGGAAAAGAUGUUCCGGUUCAAGUAGAGUUUGGGACGGGGUAUAUUAAACCCGUAGGAAAAAAUAACGAAUUAUGGACGGCGGAAGUUGGCAUCCACACAAGAGAUAAAGAAGCACUACUAAAUUUCAAAACGUGGAGGGAUAUUCCAGAAUUUGAGAGACAGGUUUGCUAUGGCCAUUUUAAGGAGAUCUUUGCAAUGGAUGCACAUGCCAAUGAAAUUGAUUUUAAGCGAGUAACUAAUGGAGUUUCUGAAAGUUUGAGGAAAUAUAGACAUAGAUUGAAGAAUCAUUUUGACAAGUAUCUUCCUAUUGAGAAUGCACGCUUGCAUCCUUAUGUAGGUAUUCAUACUGAUCUUUGGAAAAACUUGUGCGAUUGGUGGAUAUCACCAGAAUUUCAGAAAAUAAGUCAAAGAAAUAAAGCUAACCGUUCGAAGAAUGAGAUUCCACAUGUUUCAAGAUCGAUGUCUUUCGUCAGACGUUAUGAUGCUUAUGAAAAAGAAAGUCAACAAAGGCAGCGUGAAGAAGAUGGGGAAGUCCAAAGUCACUGGGAGGGUCUCGCUAUUCGUCUGUACAAGGAGACAUUUUAGGAAAGAAACUAGAUGGGUACAUGAGAAAGCUAAGCAGAACUACGAUGAAAUGAUGGAUAAGUCUUCCCAUAUUUGUCAAAAUUCUGAUAGUACCAAUCCAGUGAGAAAUGAUGUUGAGAUAGUGCAAAACCAACUUGGGAUCAGGAAAGGAUAUCCCUGUGGGUUCGGACAUGGUUUCGUGAUUCCAAACCGUCAACGUGCAUCCUCAUCUUAUCAAGAGGCUUCUCGUAAAAGAGCAGAAAUUGCUGAGAAAAAUAAUGCACAACUGAAGGAGGAAGUAAAAAGUUUGUGGCAAUAUAUGGAAACAAUUGAGAAGAUGCUUUAGCAGCAGCAGUCACUGCCAUGGUUUCAACAAUAUCAGCAAUCCUCAUCAGAUUCCCAACAAGAAGCAGCCCCACCAAGCAGGUCUGAGCAUCCAUCGCCACCAAAUUCUCACCUUCGACAGCCGCCACCACCAUAGUGGCAAUAUCAGCAGCCGCUGCCACCACGGUGGCAACAUCAUAACCACCCGCGAGCACCACCACAACCACAACCACAACCACAAAUCGAAUGACCAAUAUGAUGGAGCCAAAUAUUUUGGUACAAAAUUAUGAAGCUUUCUUAUGACUAAUAUAUCUAGCCCUUUUUGUCUUAAUUGAACUAUACAGAUUCUGUUGGCAUAUAUUUUGGUACAAAAUUAUGAAGCUUUCUUAUGACUAUAUAUGUAGCCUUUUUUGUCUUUGAACUACACAGAUUCUGUUGGGCAUAUAUUUUGGUACAAAAUUAUGAAGCUUUCUUAUGACUAUGUAUGUAACCUUUUUUUUCUUUGAACUACACAGAUUCUAUUGGGCAUUUAGUUUAAAA